UCGCGCCCACCUUCGCCCCCUGUCGCGUGUCGAGUACGAUCUCGAUUUGUUUCGACAAUUCUUCGUCACUAUUGUCGUUUCGUAGUGAGUGUUGGACAUCUCAACUGGUCGAAUGCUGAAAAUAGUAACCUAAAUGUGCAAGUUCCGAAAUGUGACACUGCGUGUACGAACUCUCAAGAUGAAGCGACGAGCGGCGGCGGCCCUGCCCACGUUGCGCGAGGAGUCACCACGCUUCAACCGCGACCUGGCCUUAUACGGCACGGUGGUCAUCACCGCCGUCCUCAGCUAUAUCAACAGCCUGAAUGGCGAGUUCGUGCAUGACGACAUCCCUGCGGUCGUGAUGAACCCGGAUGUGAUUGGGACGAAUCCGCUGCGGAAAGUUUUCGAGAAUGACUUCUGGGGUACGCCGAUGAGUGAUGUGAACAGCCAUAAGAGCUACAGGCCGUUGACUACGCUGUCCUUCAGCCGGCUCGUGUUCCCGUUAUAUUUGAACAAACAGAACAUCACGUGCCUCAAUUUGGCAUUCCCAGGGUGCAAUUAUCAAGACGUUGGUAAUUCGUCUCGCUCGAGCAUCAUGGAGUAUUAA